UCAGACUACAAAUUCUGUAGCAGUUGAGGCAAACGCUUGGAAGGAACAAUGUGUACGUGUCUGAGGUGUCUUUUCCCUUGCUGUUUUUCUUCAGCCGAAGAACAUGCGGACAUUCCUUUAUCAAGGAGAAGAAAAACACCGCUUCGCAUUGUUAUGAUUGGAAAAACUGGCGUUGGAAAAAGUGCGGUUGGAAACACCAUUCUUGGUAGAAACGCUUUCAAAUCAAUCCCUUCUGCAAACUCUGUUACUCAUUUAAGCAAAAAAAAAAAGGUUUACGACCAAAGAGACAUUUAUGUGAUAGACACGCCUGGAGUUCUGGACACCAAUACCAGUUCAAGAGAACACAUCAAAAGAGAAAUCGUGAGAUGCAUUCAGGUGUCAGCUCCAGGUCCUCACGCGUUUCUGCUGGUGAUACGAAUUGGUCGUUUCACAGACGAGGAGAAAAAUUCUGUGCGAGCCCUACAAGAGAUCUUUGGAGAAGAAGCUUCUAAAUACAUGAUAGUGGUCUUCACUCAUGGAGAUGCGCUCAGAGGUCAGUCAAUAAAAGACUAUGUGAGAAGAGGUCACGACGACCUCCGUAGAGUCAUCCAGAGCUGUGGGAGUAGAUAUGUUGUUUUUGACAACACUGACGUGAGAAAUCGAUCUCAGGUGAAAAUAUUACUAGAGAAAAUAGAUGAGAUGGUGGCAGCCAAUGGAGGAGGAUGCUUUACUCAGGAAAUGUACGAAGAAGCUGAAGAACUCAUUCAACAACAGAAGAUGGAGAGAGAGAUGGCCGAGCUUCUGGAGUAUCGAUUUAGAUUUACUGAGAUCCUGGAGAGUAAAAUCCUUGUGUUCCAACAAAUACUGAUUGGACAGAUUUACCAUUUUCCAUCGUGAAAUGUACAUGUUUAUACAUUUGGAGUUGUGCAAGCUGCUCAGAUAUACAUCGCAAUUGUGCCUCCAUGAUAAAUAUUUUGUCUCUUUUCUUUCAUAAUGUAAAUAUAAAAUGUUUCAAAUCAUUGUACUCUUGCCUCAACAUUGUGAAGUGAAAUUUAUUGUUGACUGAAUAAUUGUAAGUGAAACAUUGUAUUUUCAUCUUAACAUUUAAAAACGGUUGUUUUCAUUAAAAAGCACUUUACUCUGAAACAGUUGCUUUCAUU